GGGGUUUUACCUGUCCGAGUACAGUGGUAUGUGGACACUAUUAUAUAUUUAUAGUAGUUGUGUAAUGUGUUACAUGUAUAUUAUUUUUGAGAUUACCACCGUUAUAGCGUGACUCGGUAUAGUAUAUAUAAUGCGUUCCGUGUUAUAACCACCUCUUAUUCAAUGGACGAUCGGUAUUCAGUAGUUUUAGAUAGUCUACCUGUGUAUCUUGUAUGUGUCUGGGUGUCCUGAUUUUAUUCUCCGGUACAUUCGACAGUCACACGCCACAAUGAACUUGGACACGUUUGACACGACUAUACAGUCACUGGUGUCCGCUGCGGUCAAAGCCAAGGACAAAGCAUACUGUCCCUACAGCAACUUCCGGGUCGGUGCCUCUGUCCUCUGUGCUGAUGGGUCUAUCGUUACUGGGGUGAACGUAGAGAAUGCCUCAUACGGCAUGAGUGUCUGCGCGGAGAGGGUGGCUAUUUGGAACGCCGUGGCCCAGGGACAUACAGACUUCAAGGGAGCCGCCAUAUCCUGUGAUAUCAAGGGCGACUUUAAAGGUUCAUGCGGUGCUUGCAGACAGGUGUUUGCUGAGUUUAACGAGGAGAUGCCUCUGUACCUGGUCAAACCGGAUAUGACGGUGAAGGUGGUCACUGUCGCGGAGCUACUUCCGAUGGCAUUCACGCCAAAAUGUCUGCAAGAGGAACGCAUCUAAUGGACGAAGUGUGUCGUUGAUUUAUGCUAGGGCACCUUGCUACCAGUAUCUCAACAAUCAUAUAUAUAUGAACAUUAUGAGCUUAACCGAAGAAUUAGACGAAAUUCAAAUAAAAAGGUUUUGAAAACAAAUACAAAUUAUAUUGCUUUCACCUUUGUUUUCCAAAAGCAAAUUUCACAUAUGUGUUCCAUAUUUGAACAAGUCUACUUUAAGGACUAUUGCCUUUCUAGGGAAGAAGUUACUACUAUAGCAGCGAGACCGGAAAGUCCAGGGCCCGUAUUCAUGAAACUGUUAUCAUGCUCAAGAAUGGAUU